CGCGAACGAAGGUUAUAAAAGCCGGUCCUGGUUCCGCCGCUGUUUCAGUUCCAAAAAGAUUCCCAAAAGGGUUUUGAUAGCAGGAUGGCCAGCAGCAGCAGCACGGUUACAGAAGUCGGCGGUUACAAGUUGGGAAAGGUCCUCAUCGAAGGGAAGACCAAGCAGGUAUACGACGUUCCUUCGGUGCCGGGACAUUGCAUCCUCCUCAGCAAGGACAGGAUCACAGCUGGAGAUGGCGUAAAGUCGCACAGCUUGACCGGCAAAGCUGCCAUUUCCAAUAAAACCAACGCCAAAGUCUUCGAAAUCCUCAAUUCCGUGGGUAUGAAGACGGCUUUCGUGAAGAUCGCCUCUGAAAAUGCGUUCCUUGCGAAGAAAUGCGAGAUGAUCCCGAUCGAGUGGGUGACCCGUCGUCUGGCAACAGGUUCUUUCUUGAAGCGCCAUCCGGGUGUUGCCGAAGGCUACCGAUUCUCACCGCCGAAGCACGAGACUUUCUUCAAGGAUGACGCCAACCACGACCCUCAAUGGUCUGAAGAGCAGAUCAUUGCAGCAGGGUUCAAGUUCAACGGACGCCUUAUCGGACCUGCUGAAGUGGAGAUUAUGCAGACCAUGAGUAUCCUCGUUUUCGAAGUCCUGGAGAAGGCUUGGGCUCAUCGCAACUGCGCCCUCAUCGAUAUGAAGAUCGAGUUUGGAGUUGACGAGAACGGUAACAUCCUUCUCGCAGAUAUCAUCGACUCUGACUCUUGGAGGCUGUGGCCGUCCGGCGACAAGAGGCUGAUGGUGGAUAAACAGGUGUACCGCAACUUGGCUACCGUCACCGACUCCGAUCUGGACACGGUGAAGAGGAACUUCGAAUGGGUGGCCGAACAGCUGGACCAUCUGACUCCCGCCAACGAUUACCUGGUGGCCAUCCUCAUGGGUAGCCCCUCCGACAUGGAGCACUGCAAGAAGAUCUCGAAGCACUGCGCCGAGUUGGGUCUGAACGUCGAGAUUAGGGUCACGUCUGCACACAAGGGUACGAAGGACACCCUGAAGAUCAUCCGCCACUACGAGUCGCUGCCGAUGAAGAUCAUCUUCAUCGCGGUCGCCGGAAGGUCGAACGGUCUUGGACCGGUGAUCAGCGGAAACUCCAGCUGUCCGGUCAUCAAUUGUCCACCUGUUAACACCGAGAACGUCGGCAUGGACAUCUGGUCCAGUCUGAACGUUCCCUCGGGUCUCGGCUGCAGCACCGUCAUCUAUCCGGAGAGUGCCGCCUUAGGUUGCGCCCAAAUCGUUGCACUGAAUAAUUACGUUAUUUGGAGCAAACUCAGGGUGAAACAGUAUAAUGCCUACGUCUCAUUGAAGAUGGCCGAUUGUCAGCUUCCACGCUUCAUGUAAUACUAAUACUAACUUUGUUAAAUAAAAAUAUUUUUGUUAUUAUACAAACC